AUGUGGGGGCCUCCCCUCACUGGCCCGGGGACACACGAGCGGCUGCGCGAAGCGAUUGCGGGCGGCCUCGGGGCGGGCAUCGGGGAUGCGGCCGAACCGACUGUGCCGCCAGCCCGGAACGGGCUGCGGGAGAUGGAGGAGGAGGAAAGGGAAUGGUGUGACGCCAUGUGAGGACAUGGAGGAGCGAGCUGGAGCGGAAGGCAGCGGGAGGAGCGACGGCGGCGGGAGGAGAGGGAGCAGCUGAUAUCCCGCAGCCUGGCGGCCAUGCCCGCCCGCAUCGCAGCCUGGAGGCAGGAGAAGGAGCAGAUGAGGGAGCGCAGCCGGCAGGACGCAGCGCGGCGGCAGCGGCUGCUGGCGGAAGCUGCUGAACGUCUGGGGGCUCCGGUUCGAGCCGGGGAUCCCCGGGUUCAGGCGAUGAUGCAGGACCUGGAACGGGAGCGACGGCGCCAGGAGAAGCGGCAGCGCAGGCAGCAGCACGAGGAGGCGACACGCAGCGCUUUGGCUGCUGCUGAGGCAGCUGCUGCUGCAGCACAACCCCCCCCCGGGGUCUCCGAGCCCCCCAAGUAAAGCCACCCCCAUAAAAGAAAGGUGGGGUGUGGUUUGCUCCCUUAAAGCUC